AGUUUCUUCCGCUUUCCUCGUACCUAAGGUCGGGGUGAACCUAAAAUAUUGCGAUGCCCUUCACCAUCUGAUUAUUAUCGUCUUCAGCUAUAAGCAUAGACCUCUCCAAUUGUCAGUUCUAGUCUAUCAGAAGUCGACAACCAACUCAAUCUUCAUCAUGCAUAAUUUGGUCUACUGCGUUCUUUCCCUUUAUGUUGCCUUAGUUUCGUCAUCUCCGCGAGUCCAGCUGCAUAAAACGAAAGUGGUAGGGAAGGCCAUUACAGGACUAGAGCAAGAUUUUUUCGGAGGUAUACCAUACGCGGAACCACCCAUUGGACCGUUGCAUUUGCAGCCACCAGUGUUUAAACCAGAUCCUGAUAGGGGAGUUUUCGAUGCAAGCCGUUUUAGGUUGUCCUGUCUCCAACCGGAAAUAUCAUAUGACCUUAUUUCAGAAGACCGCUUCGUCCGAGCGGCGUGACUAAAGAUUUGUCUUUGCCCGUGCUAUUUUGGUAACCACACUUCAUGCCCGCCGAGUUCUUUACUCGACUUCAUCAUUUUUCAAGGCGCCUAGAAUUAGGGAAAUAAAGCCAAAGCUCUGGAACUUGAUCUAUUCCAGCCA